UUAAUAACAGCAGAGUUAAUUAUCAGCUUCCUCAGCUCAAUUUUCCAUUAUUGCAGACAGACAUAGUAAAUAACAUAUAUGCACAUGGCGUGCAAUAAGUCAUUCUGCAGCGAUUACAUUCUGCUGAAACCAGAGGAAGUGACUCUCUUUGACCUGCUUGCCAUCUUAUUUUACAGAAAGCUCGAUGGCAGAAGAUUUGUGGAGUGUCCAGAGGGCAAGGAGUUUGAUUUCGAGCGCCGAUGGCUCAUAUUCAUGUCGGUGGUAGCUCAGGCGAUUCUGCAAUUAGUGAAGAAACCCAUGGCGUGGAUGGGAUCUUUCGUAGAGCUGUGGCUCAACCUUCUGCCCACUAACGGCGGCUUACGGGGUUUUAUGCUAAACCUAACACGAGGGAAGUUGGUGAUACCAAAGAAGGAAUCAGCAGAGUUCAUGUCAGCCAUUGGGUAUGUAGAUGAGAGAGUGGGGUUGGACAGAAAUAUUAAACAAGACGAUAGGAGAUACAAUGGAGCACUCUCAAUAAUGGCUUCAAAAUUAGCAUACGAGAACGAAGCCUGCAUUAAAUCCAUAGUCACCAAUCACUGGAAGAUGGAAUUCUUGGGAUUUUAUGACUUUUGGAAUGAUUAUCAAGAUAAAUGUACGACACAAGCCUUCCUACUACACGACAAAGAUACAAAAACCAUUGUCGUAUCUUUUAGGGGCACAGAGCCAUUCGAUGCCGAUGCAUGGUGCACUGAUGCUGACAUCUCUUGGUACGAGCUCCCUGGGGUGGGAAGGAUCCAUGGUGGGUUUAUGAAAGCCCUAGGGUUGCAGAAAAACAAAGGUUGGCCUAAGGAAAUUGAAGAAAACAACGGUACUGCUUAUGGCCACCCACCUCCUGCGUACUAUGCCAUUAGGAAUAUGUUGCGAGAACUUCUACAAACCAAUGAAGACACAAAAUUCAUAGCUACAGGCCAUAGUUUGGGUGCAGCACUAGCAAUUCUCUUCCCUGCAAUUUUGGCCAUGCAUGGGGAGGUGUGGAUGUUGGAGAGAUUGGACGGGGUUUAUACGUUUGGGCAACCAAGGGUGGGAGAUGGGGAGUUUGGGAAGUUCAUGAAGAAGCAGUUGAAAGAGCACAAGAUUAGGUAUUUGAGGUAUGUUUACUGUAAUGAUAUGGUGCCUAGGUUGCCCAUGGAUAAUGCAGCUCUCAUGUUCAAACACUUUGGACCAUGCCUCUUCUAUAAUAGCUUAUAUCAAGGGAAGGUUAUUCGAGAAGAACCAAACAAGAACUACUUCUCACUAUCAGCAGCAAUUCCCAUGUUCCUCAAUGCAGUUUGGGAGCUAGUAAGAGGCUUUAUUCUUCUGUAUAUUUGGGGACCAAGCUACAAAGAAGGGUGGUUCCUUAAAUCUUAUAGGGUUUUUGGACUAGUAGUCCCUGGUCUUUCAGCUCAUGCUCCCCAAGAUUACGACAACAUUACUCGUGUGGGACAAGUCCUUGAACCUACACAUUAAAACAUUAGUUCUCGAGUUCUAGCAUAGCUAUUGGCAUAUGGAUUGACUAUUGUUAUUUGAUUCUAGCUUAAUUGUUGUAUUACAAUAAUAAAGUAAUUAAUGAGCUUAUACUUUUUGUGAUUA